AUAUUUAUAAAGUAUUAUAAAUAAUAAAAUAAAAAUAUCUUAAAUUACAUGUUAGUGCAACAAAGGUUUAUUUUCUAAGAAAAAAAAAAGAAAGAGACAAGAGUGAAAUAUCCAAAACCUCUGAAACUAAAGCUACCAAAAAAUCCAAUCUUCCCUCCAACGAACGGUUCUAAACACUCAGCAAACAAACACAGUCUUCCCCUCUCUCUCUCUCUCUCUCUCUCUCUCUCUCUCUCUCUUAACCACCUAAGCAAGCAUUUCUACAACCUUCACCUGACGGUCCGCUCGAGGCCGCAAAUUUCUGCGGUUUAUCCGCCUAAGCCAAUGACCCAAAACCAAACCGCCGAACCCAAAAACUCCCCCCGAAAAUCCUCUGGAGCCACCGGAAUGAGAUUAAUAGUGCCACUUCAAGGUGUAGUUCAAGGCAGAGGAGGCCUAAUAUUAGGUUCUCUAAUUCCUUGUGCUUUGUUCUAUUUUUUCCAGCUUUACCUAAAACGACAUCGUUCUCCUAACUCCUCUUCGAACCCUCCGUCUCCCUCUGCUUCAUCUCCAAACCUUGCGGAGAUCCCGAGGACGUCUUCUCGGUCUAAUUUAUCGACCCGUGGGUCGAUUGGACCGGUUCGAUUAUCGACCAGGGGGAUGUCUAUUGCGAAACCUAAUGAUUCGCCUUAUUAUAUUGGGCUGGAUAAGGUUUCCAAUAAUCCGUAUGAUAGAACGGGUAAUCCGGAUGGGAUUAUACAGCUUGGAUUGUCUGAGAACAGAUUAAGUUUAGAUUUGAUUGAGAAAUGGAUGGUGGAGAAUGUGGCGCAUGCUUUAAUUGGAAAUGACGGCAGUGAUGACCUCAACAUCAAUGGCAUUGCGACAUACCAGCCGUUUGACGGAUUGACGGAGUUGAAAGUGGCUAUGGCGGAAUUUUUGACUCAGGUCAUGGGAAGAGUAGUCUCAUUUGAUCCAUCACAAAUAGUAUUAACUGCUGGUGCAACUCCUGCAGUUGAGAUUCUAUGCUUCUGCUUGGCAGACCACGGAAAUGCAUUUCUUGUGCCAACACCAUAUUAUCCUGGAUUUGAUAGAGAUAUAAGAUCGCGGACAGGAGUGGAGCUAAUACCUGUUCACUGCCGAAGCACUGACAGUUUCAUAUUAAGUGUUACUGCUCUUGAACAAGCAUACAAUCAGGCAAGAAAACGGGGACUAAAGGUUCGUGGAAUAUUGAUUACUAACCCUUCAAAUCCGGUUGGCAAUGUAUUACCGCGGGAAACGCUCUAUGAUCUCCUAGACUUUGCCCAAGAGAAAAACAUUCACAUUAUCUCUGAUGAAAUAUUUGCUGGCUCUGUGUACGGAACUGAUGAAUUUGUGAGCAUGGCCCAAAUUCUUGAGGAAGAAGAAUUUGACAAGGGCCGUGUUCAUAUUAUAUAUGGACUCUCAAAGGAUCUUUCACUUCCAGGAUUUAGAGUCGGGGCUAUUUAUUCCUACAAUGAAAGUGUUUUGACUGCUGCUAAAAGGUUAACUAGAUUUUCUUCUAUUUCUGCUCCAACCCAGAGGCUGCUAGUUUCAAUGCUUUCAGAUACAAGAUUCAUGGAGGAGUAUAUUGAGACUAAUAGAAGGAGAAUUAGGCGAAUGAAUCACUUAUUUAUGGAAGGUUUCAAGCAAUUAGGAAUUAAGUGUGCAGAAAGUAGUGCCGGCUUAUACUGUUGGGCAAAUAUGAGUGGACUAAUCCCCUCUUACAGUGAAAAGGGAGAACUCGACUUAUGGGACAAGCUGUUGAAUAUUGCUAAGAUCAAUGCAACUCCAGGUUCAGCUUGCCACUGUAUAGAACCAGGAUGGUUCCGCUGUUGUUUUACUACUUUGACUGAAGAAGAUAUUCCUAUAGUCAUAGAACGGAUCCGAAAAGUUGUGGAAACUUGUAAAUCUCCUAGAUGAAACACUAUGAGACUUACUUGGUAAAUUUGUUCAGCCUUAGUCAGUUGGUUGCCUUAGUGUUUUCAUAUUAAUCAUUUUCCAACGAUACACAUUGAUUCAGGUACUGACUUGGCGAAACUUCAAAUUCAGAUUUCUUGGCAUUCUAGUACUGUUGAACAUGUGGGUACAUUCUGGGAACUGUAAAGUGCUUACGUUGUGGAUAUUGUAUAAAUGGAAGUGAAAGCUAAAACAAACUGGUAUAUAAGGUUCAUGGAGAAAGGUAAUUGCAGAGUGAUUUCUGAACUACAAGCCCAACCUAUAUCAGUUUAAGUCUUGCAUGGUGCCUCUUCCUCUGCCACCAUUCAAUCAUUGUGAUACCAGUUCCAAAGAUGCAGCAGCCGAAAGAUUUUGAAUUCAUAAAUUCCUGACAGUGUCAAUCAAGCAAGAGUAAAUUUGUUUCUGAUCAUGUAGAAAAGAAUAGCAGAUCAUUAAUAAAAUUAUUUUGUUUAAUUCAA